GGGGUGAAUUUGCUCGGCGCAUGCGCACUGGCCACUUGACGCUCUAGGCCUCGGCCAUGUCUAUGCCACCACCAACGGUCCGCCCGUUCCGUCCGCCGCAAUCCGGAAGUGUUCGUUCAGUUCAGUCGGCGGUAGCCUGUGAAUUGGAUUGUUUUAUUUUCGUUUAAUAUUUUUCGGGACGUACUUCUGUCGCUGUCGUCCAACACGACAGGAAGCACCAACUUUAAACCAAAAAACCCCAACAAUCUGAGAAACUACUUCCGGGGUCACGGGGCUAUUUCCGGAAGUUCGAAUCCGCCCCGGCGUUUCCCGCGCCUCCGCCCGCAGGCGGGCAUGUCCACCCUCUUCCCCUCGCUGCUGCCCCGAGUGACGGAGGCGCUGUGGUUCAACCUGGACCGGCCCUGCGUGGACGAGAACGAGCUCCAGCAGCAGGAGCAGCAGCACCAGGCCUGGCUGCAGAGCAUCGCGGAGAAGGAUAACAACUUGGUCCCGAUCGGGAAGCCUGCUUCCGAGACUUACGAUGAGGAGGAAGAAGAGGAUGACGAAGACGACGAAGACAGCGAGGAAGAUUCCGAAGACGACGAGGACAUGCAAGAUAUGGAUGAGAUGAACGACUACAACGAGUCUCCGGAUGACGGGGAGAUUAACGAGGUGGAUAUGGAGGGAGCUGAGCAAGACCAGGACCAGUGGAUGAUUUAGGCAACACGGCAAAACAAGCGAAAGCCGCCUUCCGGAAGUGACCCUGCCUCCUGCGGUCGAGUGACGUGGAGGAACGUCUCUGGAAGGGAGGUUUCCUGAGGUUCCACGUUGGCCUGGAAUCCCUUCCUUCGUCCGGAAAGAACGGGCGACUGUGUUCUGCUGGCGGACUGGCCCUUUGCUGUUUCUCUGCAGAACUUUCAUGAGCCUGCGGAGAACUCCAGAGACAAACUGAUGGGAGCUUCCACACUUGCCCCCUUGGACCAGGGCCUGCUCUGCUCCCCCGUGUGUGUGUGUGGGUGUGAGCCCUGGGCGCUGGUGCCUUGCUCUUGGCAGAAACUCCUUUACUAUUAAACCUCUUGGUUUCCUGUU